AUGACGCAAGCACAAUUUCGUACUCUUACAAGAGAACAGAGGUUCCAGAAUCCCCCUAAAAACAAAUCUGAAAUAUAUCCAUUGUUGGAGAAUGCAGUGGCACCACAUAUUGGAUCAUUCGACGCAUUGACUGAUGGUGAAGAUGGUGGGUUGCUAAACAUGGCCGUUAAGGACAUUGGAUCAAAGACGAUAUUUGAUUCCAAAGAGACAGACAGGCUAGGAAAUAAGCUUAAUAUCAGAGUUGAAUCGGUAUCCAUAGCUAAGCCAAGCGUUCCACCAACUGACAAAUUAUCCAUCAACAGAAAGACAAUGCCCAGUGAGUGUCGUGAGAGAAUGACCACUUAUAAAGCCAGAUUAAUGUUGAACGUAACAUGGAGUGUUAAUGAUGGCGAAGAACAAAGUGAAAUCAGAGAAGCAGGACAAAUUCCCAUCAUGUUAAAAUCAAAUAGAUGUCAUUUACAGAAAAUGUCACCAAAUCAAUUGGUUGAAGCAAAAGAGGAGAGUGAUGAACUAGGUGGGUAUUUUAUUGUAAACGGUAUUGAAAAGUUGAUUCGUAUGUUGAUUGUGCAAAGGAGGAAUCAUCCUAUGGCAAUAAUUCGUCCGUCAUUUGCCAAUAGAGGUGCAUCAUACACCAAGUUUGGUAUUCAAAUCAGAUCAGUGAGACCAGACCAAACUUCACAAACAAAUGUAUUACAUUAUCUCAACGAUGGUAAUGUCACUUUCAGAUUUUCAUGGAAGAAAAACGAGUAUUUAGUUCCAGUUGUUAUGAUUUUGAAAGCUCUCGUUGAGACUAAUGAUCGUGAAAUUUUCGAUGGUAUUGUUGGCCAUGAUGUUGAAAAUUCAUUCUUGACUGAUCGUUUGGAGUUGUUGUUGAGAACAUUUAAAUCGUACCAUUUGCACUCGCAACAGGAAACAUUGGCUUAUUUGGGUGACAAAUUUAGAGUUGUUUUUGGUGCCACUCCUGAUGUAUCGGAUAUUGACGUGGGAAAAGAAGUUUUACAAAGAAUUGUUUUAGUACAUUUACCUGAUAACAAGGACAAAUUUCGUAUGUUGUUGUUUAUGAUUCGAAAAUUGUACUCGCUAGUGGCUGGUGAUUGUGCCCCUGAUAAUCCAGAUGCCACUCAGCAUCAAGAAGUUCUAUUGGGUGGAUUUUUGUAUGGUAUGAUUAUCAAAGAAAAAAUCGAUGAGUAUUUGCAAAAUUUCAAACUUCAAGUGCAAUCAGAUAUAAACCGAGGUGUUGGUGUGAAUUUUUCCGACCGUAAGUACAUUACCCGAGUGUUUUCUCGAAUCAAUGAAAACAUUGGUCAAAAAUUGCAAUAUUUCUUGUCAACUGGUAAUUUGGUAUCUCAAUCUGGUUUAGAUUUGCAACAAGUCUCUGGUUACACUGUUGUUGCCGAAAAGAUCAAUUUUCAUCGUUUUAUUUCACAUUUCAGAAUGGUGCAUAGGGGUUCUUUCUUUGCUGAAUUGAAAACAACCACGGUUCGUAAGUUGUUACCUGAGUCAUGGGGAUUCUUAUGCCCUGUCCAUACUCCCGAUGGAUCACCAUGUGGGUUAUUGAACCAUUUAUCGCACAAGUGUAUCAUUGCCACUAGCGCUACUGACGUGUCGCAAGUGCCAGCUGCCUUGGCGCAACUCGGUGUUUCACCAGCAAGUGCAUUUGCCGCUGGACCAAACUUGUGUUGCGUGCAAUUAGAUGGUAAAAUUGUUGGUUGGACAACUCAUGAACAAGGUAAAAUUGUGGCAGAUACAUUGAGAUUCUGGAAAGUUGAAGGUACUCAUGGGUUGCCAUUGGAUUUGGAAAUCGGAUACGUUCCUCCAUCGAGUAAAGGUCAAUACCCUGGUUUAUACUUAUUUGGUGGCCACUCGCGAAUGAUGAGACCAGUAAAGUAUUUGCCUUUGGGCAAAGAGGACAUUGUUGGUCCCUUUGAACAAGUUUACAUGAAUGUUGCUGUUACCCCAGAGGAAAUCGAAAACAAUGUACAUUCACACGUUGAGUUUUCGCCAACUAACAUUCUUUCUAUUUUGGCUAAUUUGACACCAUUUUCGGAUUUCAAUCAAUCACCAAGAAAUAUGUAUCAAUGCCAGAUGGGUAAGCAAACAAUGGGUACUCCCGGUACCGCAUUGGUUCACAGGUCAGACAAUAAAUUGUACCGUUUGCAAACUGGUCAAACACCAAUUGUUAAAGCCAAUUUGUAUGAUGAUUACGGAAUGGACAACUUCCCCAAUGGUAUGAAUGCAAUCGUUGCUGUUAUAUCUUACACAGGCUAUGAUAUGGACGAUGCAAUGAUCAUCAACAAGUCAUCAGAUGAAAGGGGUUUCGGGUAUGGUACUGUUUACAAAGUGGAGAAAAUUGAUUUGUCUCAAUCAAGAAGAAGAGGUGAUCCAAUCACGCAACAUUUUGGUUUUGGUGAUGAUGAAUGGCCAGAGGCGUGGAAGACCAAGCUAGAUGACGACGGGUUCCCAGUGAUUGGAGUAAAAGUGGAAGAAGGUGAUCCAAUUCUUGCAUAUUACGAUGACACUCUUGGAAAAACCAAGGUCAAGACGUAUCAUUCGAGUGAGCCUGCAUAUAUUGAAGAAGUUAAAUUGCUUGGAGAUGACGCUGGUGACAAUGAGGGUCAGCAAGUCACCAUCAAGUACAGAAUCACCAGACAACCUAUUAUUGGGGACAAAUUCUCUUCCAGACAUGGGCAAAAGGGUGUUUGUUCGAGAAAAUGGCCACAAAUAGACAUGCCAUUCACUGAAAGUGGAAUGCAACCUGAUGUUAUUAUCAACCCACACGCUUUCCCCUCGCGUAUGACCAUUGGUAUGUUUGUUGAAUCUUUGGCUGGUAAAGCCGGUGCAUUGCACGGUGUCGCACAAGAUGCUACCCCUUGGAAAUUCAGUGAAUCAGAUACACCGGCUGAUUAUUUCGGAGAACAGUUGUUGAAGGCAGGUUACAAUUUCCACGGAAAUGAGCCAAUGUAUUCAGGUGCUACUGGUGAGGAAUUGCGCUGUGAUAUAUACAUUGGAUGUGUUUAUUAUCAAAGAUUGAGACAUAUGGUUAAUGACAAGUUUCAAGUAAGAUCAACUGGUCCAGUGAAUUCAUUGACAAUGCAACCAGUAAAAGGUAGAAAAAGAUCAGGAGGUAUUCGUGUGGGUGAAAUGGAAAGAGAUGCAUUGAUCGGUCAUGGUACUGCAUUCUUGUUGCAAGAUAGGUUGUUGAACUGUUCAGAUUAUACGCAAACCUCAAUAUGUAAGUCAUGUGGCUCAAUACUAACUACACAAACGUCGGUUCCUAGAAUUGGAUCAAUGGCCAGCAUCAGGUGUAGGAGAUGCUCUAUUAGAUUGGACAAAUAUGACAGUUUUGCUGAAGAUUCCGAUAUAUGGGAAGAUGGCCACGGUGUUAAAUUUGUUGGCGGUGAUAAUACCACCACUGUCGCUAUUCCAUUCGUAUUGAAAUAUUUGGAUAGUGAGCUUUCAGCAAUGGGUAUUAAGAUGAGAUACAACGUUGAACCAAAGUAG